AUGUGCUGUGUUCGGAAACUGGCGGGUCAUCCACAUGAGAAACCCGAUGUGACAGAUUCGCAUUCGGAUAAUGUCAAGGCUGGGCACAUAUCAAAGUCGUCAAUCGUACAAAUCGACAACGGGUCUGCUUUUCAGGUGGAGAGGAUUGUCAUAAGCGUGCAAGGGAUGACCUGUACAGGUUGCGAAGCGAAUUUGCGAAAGGUCUUGGAUUCCGUGGAAGCCAUAUCGGACGUCAAAAUCAGUCUACUUCUUGCACAGGCGGAAUUCAGAUUGAAGCCAUCAAGAUUUCUCAACGGCACUAACAUUUCCGAAGUCAUCGAGAAGAUGACAGGCUUCUCAUGUACGAGAAUUGCUGACUCUGGAGGGGAACUUGACUUGAUCUUACCGGCUGGAGUCUCGAGUUUAGAUGGUCCAUGGCCUCCAGGAAUGACAAGCAUGAGAUCUGUCGGCCGGGAAACACUUCGUAUCUCCUACAUGCCCGAGAUUAUAGGCGCCAGGACACUUCUCGAGGACCCGUUUUUUCAAUCUGCCCAAUUCGCCCCAGCGCCAACAUCUAGAAUUGUUGUUUCCGGUCGCGCAGAAGUUCACAAGUCCUUCCUUCUUGCAAUCAUAUCUGCAUUUCUGACGAUACCCGUUCUUGUACUGGCUUAUGCCAACUUGCCAGACAACGAGAUAAUUUAUGGCGGAGUUUCACUUGUUUUGGCAACAAUGGUUCAGCUUCUCGCACAUGGCUUCUACAUCAGGGCAUACAAAACACUCAGAUACUCCCGGACGAUCGAGAUGGAUAUUUUGGUUGUGCUGAGUACAAGUUCGGCGUAUGUGUAUUCGGUCAUUGCAUUUGCAUUCAUGCUGAGUGGACAUCGGCUCUCAACUGGCGACUACUUCGAAACAAGUACGCUACUAGUCACUCUCAUUUUGGUGGGGAGAACUGCCGCAGCAUAUUCUCGCCAGAAAGCCGUUGAAUCGAUAUCCAUCCAGGCCCUGCAAGAACCGACAGUGAUUAUUGUGGAUUCGGAAAACCCGACACUAGAGGAAGUGAUCGAUUGUCGACUUCUUCAAUAUGGCGACAAGUUCAAGGUUCUACCCGAUACUCGCAUUGUCACAGACGGGGUGAUCUUGGUAGGAGAGACGGAGGUCAACGAGUGUUUCAUUACAGGCGAAACAAUGCUUCGCUUGAAGAAGCCAGGCAUGUCAGUCAUCGCUGGCUCGACUAAUCAUUCUGGCAAGUUGCUCGUCGAGCUAACUCGGUUACCACACGAAAACAGCAUCCAAGCCAUUGGUACUCUGGUAGACGACGCGAAGUCAUCAAAAGCCAAAGUCCAAGAGAUGGCUGAUUGGGUCGCCAGCUACUUCACACCAGCUAUCAUAGUCUUAACAGCAUUGGUAUUCCUAGUGUGGGUGGCAGUUGGCAAGUCUGUUCGACACGAAAGCACUUCAACAGCUUGCAUCAAUGCUAUGACUUAUGCCAUCUCGACGCUGAUUGUCUCUUGUCCCUGUGCGAUUGGUCUUGCUGUUCCUAUGGUACUCGUUAUCGCCGGUGGGAUUGGAGCCAGGUACGGAUUGAUUUUCAAAUCAACUGAGGGCAUCGAGAUUGGACGAAAAAUUACUCAUGUCAUCUUCGAUAAGACGGGUACCUUGACACAAGGAAAUCUUUCUGUGGUUAAUCACUCCUACCUGGACCAUUCUGAGCAGCUUCCAUCAAUAAUUAUGGCGUUAGCAGGCAAUAGCAAGCAUCCAGUAGCAAGUGGUGUGCAUCACUUUUUGCAAGAACAAGGGCUCAAGCCGGUUCAUUUGGAGCAUUUGGUCUCAAGACCCGGAAAGGGUAUGGAAGCAACGUACAACGGGGAUCAGAUUCGAGGAGGAAGUCCUCAAUGGCUCCUGGUGGAGGACUCUCCGGCCGUCCUGUCACUCCUACAUCAUAAUUUGACAAUCUUCUGUGUCGAAAGCAACGGGACCCUCGCAGCCGUAUUCGGCUUACAAGACCAACUCCGACCUGAUGCCCUCGAGACAAUCCAGGAACUCAAAAGUCGCAACAUCUCAAUCUCACUCAUCAGUGGCGACAACGAGCAUGUCGUUACCACCAUCGGUGCUGAGCUCAACAUUCCCCAGCCUAACAUUCGCUCCGGCUGCACUCCCGCCCAAAAAGCGGCCUACGUGAAAGAACAACAGUCCCUGCCUAACAGUACCGUCCUCUUCUGCGGCGACGGUACCAACGACGCCGUUGCCCUUGCUCAAGCUAGCAUCGGGCUCCAUAUCAAUGGCGGAACAGACGUUGCUCAUAGUGCAGCAGAUGCAGUCCUCAUGAACGCAUCUCUUAAACGCAUCAUCACGCUCAUUGAUCUGUCGAAGGCUUUCUAUCGGCGAGUGGUGUUCAACUUUGCUUGGAGCUUUGUGUAUAAUCUGUUCGCGAUCCUGCUUGCUGCUGGUGCCUUUCCAAGGGCGAGGAUACCUCCCGCGUAUGCGGGACUUGGGGAGUUGGUUAGCGUAUUACCGGUUGUUCUGAUUGCGAUGCAGCUGAGAAUGAAGAAGUUUUAA